AUGGGGCAGGGCCUGAGCUGCACCUGGUCCCGCCAGGAGAAUGAGUUCUUCGGGGCCGUGCAGGCGGGGGACGCCGAGAUAGUUGAGAGCCUGCUGGAAGCGGAGCCGGAGCUCCUCCAUCUGACCACCGUCUACGAUCGCCUCUCGCCGCUCCACAUCGCCGCCGCUAAUGGCCGGAUCGAGGUGGAGUUCUGUUCCCUCUUUCUUUGUUACGAUGUCGUUUCUGUAGGCAUCGCCGUUUGUGGAUCCCGAAUACGGGGGACAUUGGAUGAUGGAUUUCUAUUGCAUGAACAGGUUCUCUCCCUGAUCUUGGAUCGAUCAGUUCAUCCGGAUCUUUUGAACAGAUACAAGCAGGUAAUGGUGCAUCAGAAUUUGGGAAUUCUAUUGGAGGUUUCAGAUUUAUCCCCCUAGUUUUUCGACAUUUUAGCGGAUAGAAUAUGUUAAUCCUCUUUCACUCACUCUCUGUCUCCCUGUCUCUCUCUUUCUCUCCGCGCGGGAAUGUCGGAGUAGACUCCCCUGAUGCUGGCUGCGAUGCACGGGAAGAUAUCCUGCGUGAAGAAGCUCCUCCAAGCCGGCGCCAAUGUCGGGAGAUUUCUUUUUCUCUCCUCCUCCCGAAAUUACGGUGCUACCAUAGUCGACUGAGAAACCUAAUCUGGCUAGCUUUUGGCUCUUACCAGAUUUUGACAUUCGAUUCACUGCACGGAAGAACUUGCUUGCAUCACGCGGCUUACUAUGGCCACUCUGAUUGCCUGCGGGAGAUCCUCUCUGCCGCGCAUUCCAACCCUGUCGCCUAUUCUUGGUGAGUAUUUUUUUUAAAAAAUCGCUGUUAGUUUCAACUAUUUAUUGUUAUUCAUCGCUCGAGAUUGCCACUUUGGGGAUCCAUUCCCUCCGGUAUGUUCUUCAGGGGCUUCGCCAGAUUCGUCAACGUGAGAGAUGGGGACGGGGCGACUCCUCUACACCUCGCUGCGAGGCAGAGGCGGGCGGACUGUGUUCAUCUCCUGCUAGACAACGGGGCUCUCGUCUGUGCCUCGACGGGCAGCUACAGGUAAAGAAAUCCCCUUUGAAAAAUCUCACCAUUGGAAGUCCACGGAGUCUCUACUACUGGGAGCCUUUCAUCUGCAUUCGUUCCUGUCUUAGCGUUGGAACUCUACUGCAGCUACCCCGGGAGCACCCCACUUCACCUGGCUGCUCGUGGGGGGUCAUUGGAGUGCGUUCGGGAGUUGCUAGCUUGGGGAGCAGAUCGGCUCCAGCGAGACUCUUCUGGGUAAAUUCUCCCGAUGGAUCCUAAAUUUUGUUCUGAUUGAUUCCGGCGAACCUGGAGAGCGCAAAGGCAUGAUCUUCUCCUUCGGUAUCUGCAGGAGAAUACCCUAUGCUGUCGCCCUGAAGAGGAAACACGGGGCGUGCGCAGCCCUUCUGAAUCCCUCCUCCGCAGAGCCCUUAGUCUGGCCUUCCCCUCUGAAGUUCAUCAGUGAGCUAAACUCGGACGCGAAGACCCUGCUUGAAAGGGCCCUCAUGCGGGCCAACAAAGAACGGGAGAAGAACAUACUCAAGGGGACGUCGUUCUCUCUUCCAUCACCAUCUCACUCCGACGAUGAGGACGACGACGAUUCAUCCCAGGUAUUCUCAACCGAACAAUUCAAAUCCAUUUUUCUGCUGAAUUGAGAAGCGGAAACAAAACUGAUGGUGUGUGGGGGACUGUUGCAGGGCGACGGCACCGAGCUAUGCUGCAUCUGCUUCGACCAGGCGUGCACCAUCGAGGUCCGGGACUGCGGUCAUCAGAUGUGCGCUCACUGCACCUUGGCGCUGUGCUGCCACAACAAGCCCAACCCGGCAACCCUCUGCGCGGCUGCCCCCGUCUGCCCAUUCUGCCGCAGCGGCAUCUCCCGCCUGGUGGUGGCCGAAGCCAAGAUAGAGGAGGAGAGGGAAAGGGACGGCCCGUGGAAGCUGAGGAGGUCCAAGAAGUCGAAGAACCCCUGCGAGAGCGGCGGCAGCAGCAGCUUCAAAGGCCUGACCUCCGCCAUGGGCUCAUUCGGCAGGGUCGGCCGGGGCAGCUCGGGGAGGAUCGCCGACAGCAGCGACCUGGUCGACAAGCCUUGA